GCGCCCCGGCGAUGGUACCGGUGGCCGGGAGAGCCCUGCUCGCCGCCCUGCUCGCCGCCGGGCUGGCCGCCGCGGGCAGCUUGAGAGCUCGUGGGCAGCUGGUGGCUGUGAGCCAGCCUGGGGUGUGUCGCUAUGGUUCCAGGUUGGAUUGCUGUUAUGGCUGGAAAAAGAACAAGGGCCACUGUGAAGCUACCUGUGGACACGGUUGCAAGUAUGGCGAGUGCAUGGGACCAAACAAAUGCAAAUGUUUUCCUGGAUUUACAGGGAAAACCUGUAAUCAAGAUCUGAAUGAAUGUGGACUGAAGCCACGUCCCUGUGAGCACAGAUGUAUGAAUACACAUGGCAGCUACAAGUGCUAUUGUCUCAACGGGUACAUGCUUCUGCCAGAUGGCACAUGUGCAAGUUCUAGGACAUGUGCCAUGGUGAAUUGUCAAUAUGGAUGUGAAGAAGUCAAAGGGGAGGUGCAGUGUCUCUGUCCAUCAGGUGGCCUUCAGCUGGGACCAAAUGGAAGGACAUGCAUUGACAUUGAUGAAUGCUCCACUGGCAAAGCUCUCUGCUCUUACAACCGCAGAUGCGUCAACACCUUUGGAAGCUACUACUGCAAGUGCCAGCUUGGUUAUGAACUGAAAUACAUCAGUGGCCAUUAUGACUGUGUAGAUGUGAAUGAAUGUGUGACAAAUACACACAGCUGUAACCUCCAUGCAGAGUGCCUCAACACCGAGGGAUCCUUCAAGUGCAAAUGUAAACAGGGCUACCGAGGGACUGGAUUUGAUUGUGCUGUUAUCCCUGAAAAGUCAGUGAAGGAAAUUGCAAGAAUCCCUGGAACAGCUAAAGACACAAUUAAGAAACUUCUUGCACAUAAAAAUAGUGUGAAAAAGCAUGACACGAUCAAGAAUGUGAUCCCAGAGGCAGCGGUGACAUCGCCUUCUAAGACCCACUUGCAGUUAUUGGACUAUGAAGGUGGUAUUGAGCUUGGUGGGAGCUACAGUGAGGAAGAGAAAGAAAUUGAAGCUACUACAGAAGAGGAGGCAGAAGAGUCAGAUGAAGAGGCGAAGGAAGACUUUGAGAAUCAAAUUGAUGAUGAGCAAAGCCUUAGAGGAGAUGUCUUUUUUCCCAAGGUGAAAGAAGCAGCUGCCUUUGGCCCUCACCUGGCACAUAGGAAAGUUCCAGUGUCAAGACCAGAGCAAGAAGUUGAUUGCAGCUUCAGUCGAGGAGUCUGUGACUGGAAACAAGAUACUGAUGAUGACUUUGACUGGAAUCCUGCUGAUCGUGACAGAGGUGAUGGGUACUACAUGGCAGUUCCAGCUUUUGUGGGACAUAAGAAGGAUAUGGGGCGUCUAAAACUUCUUCUCACUGACCUGAAACCAAAAAGCAGCUACUGCUUGAUUUUCAGUUAUCGGCUUGCUGGUGAGAAAGUGGGGAAACUUCGAGUGUUCCUGGCAAACAAAAAAACUGCCCCUGUCUGGGAGCAGAACACAGGAAAAGAUGAAAGGUGGAGAACUGGAAAAAUAGAGAUAUUUCAGGGAGCUGAGACAACUAACAAUGUCACUUUUGAAUCAGAACGUGGGAAGGGAAAAACUGGAGAAAUUGGAGUGGACAAUGUUAUACUAAUUUCUGGUCUAUGCCCAGAAGAUACCUGAUAAUGGACAUUUCAUUAUAGUGAAGUUAAUCUUAUUUUUCAUAUUUGCCUUAUUAGUAGUGUAUUUUUGUAUCCUUUUCUUUACAGAAAAGCAAACCAAAACCAUAAAACUUUGCCUUGAACUUAAUGCAACGAUGCAAAUGGAAAAAUGCAAGGUGCAGAGUACACUUUUUUAUGAGUUAUUCUAAUUAUAAUACAUGCUUUGAGUGUAAUACUACUGUAUUUUAUAAUUCAAGGUCAGGGUUUCUAAAGUAUUAUUUGUCUAACUUUUUUACAAAUUCUACAUGCUUUUAUUUCUAAAGUUCUUCUCAAGGCUACACUUAGGCCUUCUAUUUCACAAGAACAUAAAGCAGUAUUUAAGAGGACGCUGCUACUUCUGGUGACAUAAUUUUAUCUUCUUACUUAGU